UCAUCGCUACCUACCUCAGUGAGUAAAAUACGUCCAGGGAAGGAGGUUGUAGCAGAGAAAACAUGGCUGCGUCUCAAGGAUUCUCAACAUUAUGCGAAAAUUCGAAUGAAGUGUUUCUAGACGUCGCGAAAUUGUUGAUCACCUAUGCCGACAACAUUCUUAGGAAUCCCAAUGAAGGCAAAUACAGGUCUAUUCGAAUAGGGAACCCUACAUUUUCCACCAAACUCCUGCCUAUCAGAGGGGCAGUGGAGUGCCUCUUUGAGAUGGGCUUUGAGGAGGCUGAAACUCACCUGGUGUUCCCCAAGUCUGCCUCUGUGGACCAACUGAGGAGAAUCCGGGAGUCCAUCGCUGCAGAAAGGGAUCAGAGACUGGGUGUGGGGCAGACCCAACAGUCUCCUGUGACAGCGAGUGCCCCAGCCCUAACCUCAGCCCCAGCCCAUGGUCCACCUGUUACUGCCAGCCUGCCAGCUAGACAAACCCCUGCACAAGCACCUUCCUUGGAAAGCAGUAUGAUCUUCCUGACCACCCUUCAGUCUAACUUCCAGCAUGUGAUGGAGUAUGAGAACUCAGAGCUACAGCAGAAAGCUCUAGACGUUAUACCACACCAGCAGCUGACCACUGCAGUCAAGGAGAAACUACAGCAGGGCAAGCAGGCUGAUCCAGAUUGCAACCUGAGUGAAGAGGACCUACUGGUGCUGGCGCUGCUCCGCUGGUUUAAAGAGGAGUUCUUCUCCUGGGUGGACUGCCUGCCUUGCAGCCACUGUGGGGGUCCAACCCAGUCCUCAGGCCCACUGGCCCCAUCUACAGAGGACCUUCGCUGGGGAGCCCAGAGGGUAGAGAACCAUCACUGUCAGGCCUGUAACCACUCUACCAGGUUCCCCAGGUACAACAACCCUGAGAAGCUGCUGGAGACCAGGAGAGGGCGCUGUGGGGAGUGGGCCAACUGUUUCACCCUGUGCUGCAGAGCCCUGGGCCUGGAGGCCAGGUAUAUCUGGGACAGCACAGACCACGUGUGGACAGAGGUGUACUCUGCCUCUCAGCACCGCUGGCUGCACUGUGACUCCUGUGAGAACGCCUGUGACAAACCUUUGCUCUAUGAGAUCGGCUGGGGCAAGAAACUAGCCUACGUUCUGGCUUUCUCCAAGGACCAGGUGGUGGAUGUGACCUGGAGGUAUUCCUGUAAGCACCCAGAGGUCCUGUCCAGACGGACCAAGGUCCAGGAGCCCUGGCUGCUACACACCAUCAACGGGCUCAAUGCUGUGAGGCAGCAGUCCCUGAGCUCUGAGAGGAAGAAGGAGCUGUUAGAGAUGCUUCUAGUGGAGCUGGUGGAGUUUAUAUCUCCUAAGACACCCAAACAGGGUGAUCUGGGGGGACGCAACUCUGGCUCCCUUGCCUGGAAGGCUGCCCGUGGGGAGACAGGACUAGGGACUACCCCAUCAGCUGCUGCAGCAGAGUUUGUGUUUGUUCCGACUGAGAAGGAGAAAAGUGGGAGAGUAUUCCAUCUGCGGUACAACUCCACCAAGGAUCACUACUGCAGGGUGUCCAAUGACAGUGAGGACAUUCAGGGCUGGGACAAGACUGUGUGGAGGAAAGAGUCUGUCCUCAGGAAGCUGGAGAAUGACUGGCAGAUGGUGUAUCUAGCUCGUACAGAGGGCUCAUCGUCAGGGAACAUCAGUUGGAAGUUGGACUGUGCUCCUGUAAGAAUGAAGAUAAAGACUGUCUCAGUCAGAGCAUGCAGCCAGACCUUUCACUCUGGAACCGUCCGCUGGAGUCUGCAGUCUGGACAGAACACCACAGAGUUCUCAGGAGACGGGGAGAUGCAUUUGGUUGCGGGUCUUUCUGGAUCCUCUGAGUUGGUCGUGGAGGCGGAGCUAGCUGGAGGAGAGGGAGAGUCGUCAUGGCAACACUCCCAGCUGUUCCGGCGGAGUUUGAAUGAGCUUGAGGAAUCCUCGUUGGAAAUCCUCGUUGAGAUGGAAGAGGAGGACGCUUGAUGAUGGAGACACUGUGCAUUCGAUGGCGAUCGCGCUGAGCAAGGCGCUGCUAUGUUGGUUCGCUAAUCUUCAUCACGUAAUGAGUAGUUAUUUUGGGAUGCAACAUGAUGUAUAGAUCAGUGAUUCUGCUCAGUGCCUUGCUCAAGAUCAGGGGUGUCAAUCUCAUUCCAUGGAGGGCCAAGUGUCUGCUGGUUUUUGUUUUUG